ACUACACCUACAACUACACCUACAACUACACCUACAACUACACCUACAACUACACCUACAACUACACCUACACCUAUAACUACAACUACACCUACACCUACAACUACACCUACACCUACAACUACACCUACAUCUACACCUACAACUACACCUACAACUACACCUACAGCUACAACUACACCUACAACUACACCUACACCUACAACUACACCUACACCUACAACUACACCUACAACUAUACCUACAACUACGCCUACAACUACGCCUACAACUACACCUACAACUACACCUACACCUACACCCACAACUACACCUACAACUACACCUACAACUACAACUACACCUACACCUACAACUACACCUACAACUACACCUACAACUACACCUACAACUACACCUACAACUACACCGACAACUACACCUACAACUACAACUACACCUACAACUACACCUACAACUACACCUACAACUACACCUACAACUACACCGACAACUACACCUACAACUACAACUACACCUACACCUAUAACUACAACUACACCUACACCUACAACUACACCUACACCUACAACUACACCUACAUCUACACCUACAACUACACCUACAACUACACCUACAGCUACAACUACACCUACAACUACACCUACACCUACAACUACACCUACACCUACAACUACACCUACAACUAUACCUACAACUACGCCUACAACUACACCUACAACUACACCUACAACUACACCUACAACUACACCUACAACUACACCUACAACUACACCCACAACUACACCUACAACUACACCUACACCUACAACUACACCUACAACUACACCUACACCUACAACAACAACUACACCUACACCUACACCUACAACUACACCUACACCUACAACUACACCUACAACUACAACAACAACUACACCUACAACUACACCUACAACUACACCUACAACUACAUCUACAACUACACCUACACCUACAACUACACCUACAACUACACCUACAACUACACCUACACCUACAACUACACCUACACAUACAACUACACCUACAACUACAGCUACAACUACAACUACACCUACAACUACACCUACAACUACACCUACAACUACACCUACAACUACAACUACACCUACACCUACAGCUACAACUACACCUACAACUACACCUACACCUACAACUACACCUACACCUACAACUACACCUACAACUAUACCUACAACUACGCCUACAACUACGCCUACACCUACACCUACAACUACACCUACACCUACAACUACACCUACAACUAUACCUACAACUACGCCUACAACUACGCCUACAACUACACCUACAACUACACCUACAACUACACCUACAACUACACCUACAACAACAACUACACCUACAACUACACCUACAACUACAACUACGCCUACAAAUACACCUACAACUACACCUACACCCACAACUACACCUACAACUACACCUACAACUACAACUACGCCUACAUUUACACCUACAACUACACCCACAACUACACCUACACCUACAAGUACACCUACACAUACAACUACACCUACAACUACACCUACAACUACAACUACAACUACAACUACACCUACAACUACAACUACACCGACAACUACACCUACAACUACACCUACACCUACAACUACACCCACAACUACACCUACAACUACAACUACACCGACAACUACACCUACAACUACACCUACACCUACACCUACAACUACACCUACAACUACACCUACAACUACAACUACACCUACACCUACAACUACACCUACAACUACACCUACAACUACACCUACAACUACACCCACAACUACACCUACACCUACAACUACAACUACAACUACACCUACAACUACACCUACAACUACACCUACAACUACACCUACAACUACACCUACACCUACAACUACACCUACAACUACACCUACAACUACAGCUACACCUACACCUACACCUACACCUACACCUACACCUACAACUACACCUACAACUACACCUACAACUACAACUACACCUACAACUACACCUACAACUACACCUACACCUACAACUACACGUACAGCUACACCU